AUGAUCACUGUUAGCAGCACCAUCCCCAUCCCCAUCACCAUCACCAUCACUGUCACCGUUACCAUCAUCCUCAUGAUCACCGUUAGUGUCACCAUCCCCAUCCCUGUUACCGUCACCAUCAUGAUGACCAUUAGCAUCACCAAUCACUGUUACCAUCACCAUCAUGAUCACCAAUCACCAUUACCAUCACCAUCACCGGUACCAUCACCAAUCACUGUCACCGUUACCACUGCCCUCAUGAUCACCGUUAGCGGCACCAUCCCCAUCCCCGUUACCAUCACCAUCAUGAUCACCCGGCACCAUCCCCAUCACCAUACCAUCACCGUCAUCAUCAGCAUCUCCAUCACCAUUACCAUGACCAUCACCUUCACUGUUACCAUUACCAUGACCAUCAGCGUCACCGUCAGCAUCCCCAUCACCGUUACUGUCAUGAUCACUACCAUCAUCACUGUUACCAUCACCAUCACAUCCCCAUCACUGUUACCCUUACCACCAUCACUGUUACCAUCGCCAUCAUCACUGUUACCAUCACCAUCAGCAUCCCCGUCACCAUUACUGUUACUGUCACCAUCAGCAUCCCCAUCACUGUCACCCUUACCACGAUGA